AUGGCAGACGCCAAGGCCAAGGAGAAGCCCAUCGCGUCGCUCAUCGCCGGCGCGUCCGCCGGCGGUGUCGAGGCGUUCAUCACGUACCCGCUCGAGAACCUUAAGACGCAGCUGCAGUUCGGCGGACACAACGGCCAGGUCAGCCUGGUCGGUCUCCUGCGCGACACGCUGAAGAACCACGGCCUGCGCGGCCUGUAUGCCGGUGUCCCCGCCGUGGUCAUCGGCAACGCGGCCAAGGCCGGAGUGCGCUUCACGACGUACGACCAGUUCAAGGGUCUGCUGAAGGACGACGAGGGCAAGCUGACCGCGCCGCGGAGCAUGCUUGCCGGUCUUGGAGCGGGUAUGAUGGAGGCGAUCAUCGCGGUUACGCCGAGUGAGACGAUCAAGACCAAGAUGAUCGAGGACGCGCAGCGCGCCCAGCCGCGCUUCAACGGCAUGCUCGACGGUGUCAAGAAGAUUGUCGCCGAGGAGGGAUGGCGCGGUAUCUACCGCGGUGUCGGACCCGUUAUGCUCCGCCAGGGCGCCAACUCGGCCGUCCGCUUCUCCUCGUACUCGACGCUGAAGCAGCUGGCCCAGGGCUCCAUGCCCGCCGGAGAGAAGAUGCCCGGAUGGAUGACGUUUGGUAUCGGUUCUACGGCCGGUGUCAUCACCGUCUACACGACGAUGCCCUUUGACGUUGUCAAGACCCGCAUGCAGUCGCUGGAGGCGCGCACGCAGUACCGCAACGCUCUCCACUGCGCGUACCGUAUCCUGACCGAGGAAGGUAUCCUCAAGUUCUGGAAGGGAACGGUCCCCCGUCUCGGACGUCUCGUCAUGUCCGGCGGUAUCGUCUUCUCCGUCUACGAGCAGAUCUACCCCAUUGCGGCCAAAAUUGUUCCGUAA